UAACUGGAGGUAAAAGGUCAAGAUCUCCCAAUGUUUUGUUUAUAAUGAAAUUUGAGAAUACGAUGCUCUGGUUAUCAUGGAAAAUGAAGAAAAGUUAAUUGACCUGCAGUUAUGUAGCGAUAAAAUAUUGGUCUGGAAAGCAGACGAUGUUAGGACAAUACGAGAUGAGCACCAUAUAGUGGGAAAGCUGAUUGGUUGCCUACCAAGAACUCCGCAACAGAACUUACAACUUGGUCUUCCCCUACAACUUCUGCCAGAAGAAGCAGCAGUAUUGAUCGAAUAUGGGGUCGCUAGAAUUAUAAAAAUAAAAAUUGCAACACCAGGUGCUGAAGAUGUUGAGAAAUUUAAAGAGGAUAGACAGAAAAGUUUUAUGGAACAGAACCAUAUUUACAAUUUGGAGAAAGAUUCUAAAAAGGCAGAUAUUUUGAAGAAAAAUCAAUCAUCCUUUGGUAAGAAGAAGAAACAACUAAGAAAGGAAAGAGCAAAGAAUAGAAAAAUGCUACUCGGAGGACAUAUAGGAAGGCCAAUCGGAGAGAGCCAUGCAUCCUUGCUGUUAAAAGAUUCUAGCUUAAGUGAUGACCUAAAAGAUACCAGGAAAGCAUAUGUGAACAAGGAAGGGUUGCCUUCAGACAAAUCUAUAUCAGAGGGUAUUGAAAACUCAGAGAUUACAGAAGAUGCUGGAAUGGUCAAAAUUGAAUCAGUUGGAGUUGGAGAGCAGGCAGGAAAGAUUAAUAUAGAUGACAGAGGAAAUAGUAGUUGCAAUUUAGAACGUCUUAGCAAAAGUUGUAAAAGGGAGGUGGACAAGGAAGAUUCAGAAAAUAAUGUGGCUAAUAAGAGACAGAAAGUAUUGGCAGACCAAUUUGAAGAUGGUCAUGAAGUCUCUGGCAAUAAUAUUACCACAUGUAGUGAACAGAAUAUCACUCAAAUUGAACACAGAAAGUUACAGAAGGGUGAAACUGAAAAUGUACCUGAAAAUGGCAUCAAAAACAAUGAUUCUGAAAAAAUGAUGGAUGUUGAAAAUUAUGCAAAUGUAACAGAUUCAAGUGUAAAAGAGAAAAAACAAACGGUUGACAAUAUUGAUAGCAAGUUGAACUGUAGAGAUACUGUUUGUGAUGGUUUACAAGACAAUCCAAGUUGUGCUGCUAUUGUUGGAAAGGAUUCAAAGAAUGAAUCCGUGGUUAAGAAUGAUAGUGAAGAAGAAGAAAAAAAACAUGGAGAGGAAGAAAAUAACACCAGUAAAGGGCACCGACAGUGCCUGAUACAUUUACCAACAUGUGCUGCUAAAUUUGAUAAAAUCCCUUUGGAAGAGUGGAAUUACCCAUCUUCAGAUACAGAGUGGCUACGAUUCCUAGUAUUCAAGCAUUUCUGGGAAGAGGGUUACUACUUGACUUGUGGAGGAAAGUUUGGUGGAGACUUCUUAGUAUACCCAGGUAACCCCAUGCUUUUCCAUUCAUCCUUCAUUGCUAUUUGUCGCCCUCAUAGUGAAUCGUUCACUGCACGAGAAUUGGUUCAGUUUGGUCGAAUGGCAUCAAAUGUGAAGAAAACUGUGAUUAUAUGUUCAUUAGAUACACAAGAUAAACUAGUAUUUACCUCUGUACAAUGGACAGGAAUAUCAUAGCCAGGUAACAAGAGUGAAUGUAUAAAUGCAGAGGAAACUGAAUGAAGAAAUAGUUUUUAAGUCCCAUUCUGAAAGUGGCUGUUUGAUAAAAAUUUUAAUAAAUAAUGUUUGUAAAAACAACUACCCACUGUUAACAAGAGAAAUAAAUUUGCAAGGAAAACCAA